UCUCCAUUUUCCAUUUUGCCGCCACCUCACUCUCUCUCUCACACACCUCCUCCUGUGCCGGUGUAUAAAUACCAGCCUCAAACCCCCCUGCUCCUCUCUCUCUCCCCACACAGCCGUCCAUUCUUAAUUUCUCUCGCUCUCUCCAGUGCUCAAAUUAAUCUUUCAAAAAUCUUGAAUUUCGAAUAAUGGAAGUACACAUUCACAAUUUCUCCCCUAAUUUCUCACCACUUCGACCCCUAACAAACCCUAAUUCCUCUAUCAAACUCUAUCACUCUCGAGAUUCUACCUUUUCUAUACCUCUAUCGAAAUCACUCAAGCUAGGAUUCCGAUCAUCGCCGCUGUUGGCGGCGACCACUCCCGUCACUAACACCGAUACUUCACUAGCCUCAAAAGGAGAAAAUGAGAGGAGUGUGAGUCCAGUUUAUGUGCCAACGCCACCUAAUCGUGGGCUCCGUACUCCUCACAGCGGGUACCAUUAUGAUGGGACGACGCGGAACUUUUUUGAAGGUUGGUAUUUUAAAGUGUCGAUACCGGAGCGGAAACAGAAUUUCUGUUUCAUGUAUUCAGUGGAGAAUCCUGCGUUUCCUAAGAAAUUGACUGCCUUGGAGUCGGCACAGCAUGGAUCGAGAUCAGUUGGAGUUGGUGCUCAGAUUCUAGGGGCUUAUGACAAGUAUAUUUGCCAAUUCUCUGAAGAAUCGCAAAAUUUCUGGGGAAGUAGGCAUGAGCUGGCAUUGGGGAAUACUUUUGUUGCUGAGAGAAACAUGCGGCCUCCAACUAAAGAGGUUCCUCCUCAGGAAUUUGAUAAAAGAGUUUUAGAAGGAUUUCAAGUAAGCCCACUUUGGCACCAAGGCUUUAUUCGUGAUGAUGGCAGGUCAGAUUAUGUGGAAACUGUGAAAACUGCACGUUGGCAGUACAGCACACGGCCUGUUUAUGGAUGGGGUAAUGUUGGGUCUACACAGAAGUCGACUGCAGGGUGGCUUGCUGCUUUUCCUGUAUUUGAACCCCACUGGCAAAUAUGCAUGGCCGGAGGACUUUCAACAGGAUGGAUAGAGUGGGAUGGUGAAAGAUUUGAGUUCGAAGAUGCUCCUUCUUAUUCUGAAAAGAACUGGGGUGGAGCCUUCCCAAGAAAAUGGUUUUGGGUUCAAUGUAAUGUCUUUGAAGGUGCAAGUGGAGAAGUUGCUUUGACUGCAGCUGGUGGGUUGAGGCAAAUACCUGGACCAAGUGAGACUUUUGAAAAUGCUGCAUUGGUUGGAGUACAUUAUGAUGGGAUUUUCUAUGAAUUUGUGCCAUGGAAUGGUGUUGUAAAUUGGGAAAUUUCUCCAUGGGGUUCCUGGUACAUGGCUGCAGACAAUGGGACACAUUUGGUUGAAUUGGAGGCAACAACAAAGGAAUUGGGAACAGCAUUGCGUGCUCCAACAGCAGAAGCUGGGCUUUCUCCAGCUUGUAAAGAUACCGGUUUUAGUUUUCUGAAAUUGCAAAUAUGGGAACGUCGAUAUGAUGGCACUAAGGGGAAGUUAAUUUUGGAUGUUACAAGCGACAUGGCAUUAGUAGAAGUUGGAGGAGGACCAUGGUUUACCACUUGGAAAGGCAAGACAUCUAUGCCAGAGCUUGUCAGCCGCACUAUUGGAGCCCCCAUUGACGUGGAUGGAAUUUUUAGUUUUGUUCCUCUGUUCAAGCCCCCUGGUUUAUAACCACUAGGCCAGUUCUUUCAUUACGAAAAUGGAUCAAACUUGGAAGUUUGAAGAGCCAGAGAAAGGAAGAUGGCAGUUUGAUAUGAAAGAUGAUCCAUUGUGCCCCAAAGCAGCAGACUAAAUGUUUUCCGUGACGCUGUAAGUUGCAUGAUCAGUUCUUUUGUUGUAAAUUUCACUCAAAUAACAUGUAGCUUGGGCAACUGCAGUUAAAAGGGAACUGGGUGCUUGCCUUAGUCUGACUUCAUCCAUUCUGAGGCCUUUUGCAUUAGCCACUCUUUUUUUAACCACAUAGCUAGUGCAAAGCUAAUAUAGAACUUGUGUACCUACCUACAUCGCUUUUUAUUCAGCACCUUCUGCAACUUUGUGGUCAUUUAUUGCAUAUUUUGUAGUUUGUUA